GAAGAAUGAGUUGACUCGGUCCGGUGAUCGGAGGAUUGGACGAAUCACAAAAAGUUUUGGAAGUAGCCUAUGGGUCAUCAAAAUACCUGUGGACAUCAAUAGCGGGGCACAAUCGGCUGUAUUCCAUACAACACAGGCUCAUUAAGCGGACUUAUGUUUCAUUAUUAUAAGCACCUUAAUUGUCAUUCAGCUUAUCUCUUAGUUUCUGGAGGUCGUCUUUGUUUGCGAGAACGACUUUUUUGUCGUCUAUUUUCAGUUUAAUUGGCAAUGAUGCGUCCAUCUUGUGUCCAGACCACUUUUACAUGAUCUUUAAAGUUAUUUUUUACUUUCCAAAUAACUCACUUCCCUUGAAGUUCUUAUAAUUGGCAGUGAUACUUUUGUGAAUGAACACGAGAGUUCCUUAAGUUGCAGAGAAUUGUUCGGGCACGGUAUACUUUAUUACGGCAGUGGUAGUUGGCAAUUUUGGCAAAAAUACCUCUAGGCUUGCGAUCUUUCAAAUUGCCAAGUCUAUGACUUCCGUCUAGGUCCCUACAUUCAAUGUCAAUUUAAAAUUUCUCUAAAUUUUAUGAAAAUGGCAACAUGGCUGUUGGCCAAAUCAUCUUAUUUCUUUGCCAACUUUUCUUAUUCUUUGGCUACUUUUCUUUUUCUUUCUUUUACAACAAUAAUGUCAUUUUAUUGUGACUGGAAAGGAAUUCAAAAGUGGCAACAUGACUUUCUCAUAGUCAACAUUAACUGGCAACACGUCUACAGUCAGCGCAUCUGCCCACUGCUGCCGUUGUCGGUCGAGUAGGUUAGUCUACAUACAUGACUCUCGACAGAAGAAUUUCCUCAAAAUCAAAAAGUUUUCCCCGACGUCGGCAUGCGACGUCCCGAUGAGUAACCUAGGCCGGCCGGCGAUGGGGGCGUGUUUUGACGCUUGCGACGGCCUAUGUGACCGACCGUCCGGACAAUUGGUUCGUAUAUAUAGCGUCGAGUCACAAAAGGAAAUCAUUCAACGUUUGCAUAAGCUACAAGUGUACUACAACCUCUAAUAGUGCUCAACUCUCUACGACAUCGAAAUACUCAUCUUGGAUAUUGCGUGUGCUUUAUUGAAAGUUUAAUAUUUGUGAGCAUAUAUAUCCCCAAGGACUAACUGAGUCUCAGGUCAUAGAAUUCUCAGGCUUAUCUGUGUUGCCCGUUGAGUCAAGCGAUAGAGGACUAACACUAGACUUGCACUUGUGAUCCAUGGAUACAGUGCUAGCAGCAAGUGUGGUUCGACAGUGUCCUGACUGCGAGAAGUCCUACACGCAUCGCAGCAGUCUCGGCAAACAUCGCGCUCAGAAACAUCCAGCAUCAAAUGAUGGGGCUGUGCACUGUCGUACGGAUGGCUGCUCAUACAGAUGUCACAGCAGAAGAACUACGUCAUCAUCUUGCAACGGUCCACAACUUCCAAAUGACAGAGCGUCAAUUGGAGUUUGAUUCUCAUGCAGGUUUUCUUCAGUGGAAGCAGCAGUACCAGAGGGACACUCAGUCAUCAUAUGGAGCACAUCGAGGGGCCACGAGUAGUGUCCGAGGAGUGAAGAACCAGAUUUAUUUCUGCAGUCGUGAUGGUUUUUUCAGGCCUAGAGGGAAAGGCAGUAGGUCUCUGAAAUCACAAGGGUCUUGCAAAAUUGACGCCCAUUGUACUGCGAGUAUCACAGCAUAUUUCCAAGUUGAUGGGACCGUUAGUGUAACUGUGGUUGAUGAGCAUUACGGUCAUGAGAAGGAUCUGGCUCAUGUUAGAUUGUCAGCAGAGGAGAGGGUUGAUGUGGCCCAGAAGUUAGCACUGGGUGUCAGUUUUGAUAGGAUUUUGGAUGAUAUUCGUGAGUCUUUGAGUACUCCUUUGGAGCGCCAACGUCUCAUCACCAGACAGGACAUCCGGAACAUUGAGAGGUCUCUUGGUUUGCAGGAUAUUCGAAGACCCUAACCAAACAAUGAUCUGUAAAGCUUACUUCCCCUAUUAAUGAUUUAUUACGUUUUUUGAUAACAUUCAUUUUUCACAUCCCUCACUUUCGUGUGUUUCAUAAUUAUUCAUCUAUAUUUAUUUUUUAAUUUACAUCUAUAAUCAUAUUUUUCAUAUUUUCCAUAGAAUUGUGAAGAAGGAAAAAACCUCUCAUAAGGAAAUUAUUUUCGAUGCAUAUUAUUAAAAGAAAUAAACCAUUAUUAGUAUAGUACUUUAACUCUCGAUUAAAACUAAAUAGCCUCGCG